AUGGUGAUAUAAUAAAAUUAAAAAAUAAUAAAGAAAUUUUAUUAAAUAGUCAUAAUAAAAGUGGAAAUUAUUCUCAGUCAACUUUUGAAUCAUUAAAGAAUCCGAAAUGUUAUGAAAAUCUUGAUGAAGAAAUUUCGGACAUUUUAUACCGAAUGCAAGAUUAUGGAUUAGAUCAUGAAGAUAUUGUUAAUGAAACACCAAUACAAAAAUUUUUUUCGGGUAGUACAAUAUUUAUAACGGGAGGAACUGGUUUCUUAGGAAAAAUAUUAGUGGAAAAAUUAUUACGCUCAUGUCCAAAUUUAAAAACCAUAUAUUUAUUGGUGCGACCAAAGAAGGGUAAAGAUAUGAAUACACGACUUGAAGAAAUUUUCGAUGAUGUGGUAUUCAAACGAUUAAAUAAGGAACAACCAAAAAGUCGAUAUAAGGUAGUAACUAUAAAUGGAGACAUGAGUUUACCGGGAUUAGGAAUUUCCUAUGAAGAUAGAAAGUUAUUAACAAAUGAGAUAUCAGUUAUAUUUCAUUGUGCGGCAACUGUACGUUUUGAUGAAAAAUUAAAAUUAGCUGUAGCAAUCAACGUAAAAGGUACAAAUGAAAUAAUAAAUUUAGCAAAUGAAUGUACAAGUUUAAAAAGUAUUGUACACGUAUCAACUGCGUAUUCACAUUGUUAUUUAAACGAAGUCGAUGAGAAAUUUUAUGAGAGUGAUAUGCAUUAUCAGAAAUUAAUUAAUUUUGUUGAUAAUAAAACUGAUCGAGAAGUCGAAAUGUUAGCAGAAGAUGGACUUGUUUUUGGUAAAUAUCCAAACACUUACACAUUAACAAAAGCUGCAGCAGAAAAUCUUGUACGUGAUCGAUGUGAAAAGUUACCAAUGUGCGUUUUUCGACCAAGUAUUGUUAUAUGUACAUAUAAAGAACCAAUUCGAAGUUGGAUAAAUAAUUUAUAUGGUCCAACGGGUGUUGUUGUUGGUGCUGGCACUGGAUUAUUACGCACGUUACAAUUGGAUCGAAGUAAACGAGCAGAUAUAGUUCCUGUUGAUUUUGUUGUAAAUAGUAUGAUUGCUUCAGCGUACGAAACGGCACAAAAAUUCGAUAAAAAUGCGCCAAAAAGAGAAAUUAAAUUAUAUAAUUAUACAGCCACAGACAAUUCAAUUACGUGGAAUGAAUUUUGUGAAUUAAGUCGUCGAUAUGGUGAAAAUUAUCCAACAAUUCGUGCAGUUUGGUAUUUUUGUUUAGUAAAACAAAAAUCGAGUUUUUUCCAUGUAAUAUUAACAUUUUUAUUACAUUUUAUACCAGCAUUAAUUGGUGAAAUUAUUUUAAAAUUAUGCGGAAGUAAAAUAAGUUUAUUAAAGGUUUAUAAAAAAAUUAAUAAAUUUGCUGAUGUAAUUGCAUAUUUUGCACUUAAAGAAUGGAAGUUUAAAAAUAAUAAUGUCCAACAAUUAUGGAAGAGUUUAACACCAGACGAUAAAAAAUUAUUUACAUUUGAUAUGAAAGAAUUAGAUUGGACAAAAUUCAUGGAAACACAUUGUCUUGGUUUACGAAUGUAUUUAGUAAAAGAUGAUUUAAGCACAUUACCUCAAGCUCGAAAACGAUGGCAACGAUUGUACUACUUGCACCGAUUUGUUCAAAUUGUAUUCUUCGUUAUGGUAUUUCGAUUAUUAUGGGCAGUAUUUUCAACUGUUUCAAAUAAAUUCUUUUAGUUUAU